GCUGAUCAGGGCGUGUGCGUUCGGUGCAAGUAGAGGACGGCUAACUACAUCGGCUCCAGUGCCGGACAUUCAGCUCUUACAUCCCUGCUGGAAGAAGGGGAGGAGGAGGAGGAAGAAGAAGAUUCAGCCCGCUGUAUUUGACAUUUCUUCCACGAUUUAGUAAAUUCUAAAUUGUGAGCCAUGAAGUUACUGUGGGCUGUCAGUGCCCUUCUGUUGAGCUGUUGGAGAGCCAAUGCGUCCACAGCCCCAAACAUCAUUACCGAACCUUCUGAGGUCAGCAACCAGACUUCUGCAGUCCUGAGCUGCAACUUGACAGAGUCUAGCUUCCACAGCAAGGGAUCUCAAUGGUUACACAAUGGAAAACUCAUUGACGAAUCCAAGUCCAUUGAGUUCACUUCAUACACAUCUCUCCGCUUGGAUAAGAUCACCCACACUUCUGGUGGGAAGUAUGAAUGUGUUUUCCUGACUGAGCCAGAAGUGAAGCAGACAAUUGAAGUCAAAACACUUCCCCAUGUUUUGGCCUACAAGCACUCUGAGCAUGGCAAUGAGAAGGACAAAGGUGUGAUGGCCUGUGUGAGCCAUGGCUAUCCACUGCCCACUGACUGGACUUGGGCCAAAGUGGUAGAUGGUGUCCAAACGCCUAUCAUCAAUGGCACUAAUGACAAAUAUGAGAUCAAGAGCACCCCUAACAAGACCACUCUGACCGUUAAUGACCUGAGCAUCCAAAAUGACAUUGGAGAUUACAUCUGCUAUGGAACCAAUGAACUUGGCAAAAUCAGCGACAAGAUCCACCUGCGCGUCCGUAGCCGUUUGGCUGCUCUCUGGCCCUUCCUUGGCAUUGUGGCCGAGGUCAUCAUCCUGGUGACCAUCAUCUUCAUCUAUGAGAAGAGAAGAAAGCCUGAUGAGGUCAACGACGAUGAUGACUCAGGAUCUGCUCCACUGAAGAGCAAUUCCACUGCAAACCACAAAGACAAGAAUGUGAGGCAAAGGAAUUCUAACUAGAAGCUGAAAUAGACGGACGGGCAGAUGGCAGUCCAGGAUUCAGCUGUUGUCUGGCACAUUAUACUGUGCACCCUGCAAUUUUAAGUACCUUUUUGUGCUUGGGCGUUAAUGUUUUAAGAAAAUGACUUCCUGUUGUUUUGUUUUCUUCUAUAUUCUUCUCCAUAUUGUGCAGCCAGAGAACAUAGUGUGAAAUAAUUUCUGCUUGAGGCCCUGGGGCAAAUAUUGCAUGAGUUUAAGUGCUGUUCUAGCAAAGUGCGUGUUUGUUGUAAAAUCAUUAAUGUUCACGUGAGGAAUGCUUAGUUUGUGGUUAUUUUCUGUUCUUGCUAAUGCUUCCGACACUGACCUCACAGUUGUCAGUCUUUGCUUUUAUAUUCUCUAAUUAGGAAUGGUGACUUGUAAAGCAACACAGGUUCAGUUUAGAGGAUCUGAAACAUUUUUUGAUCCUGAUACAUCACUGCCAUUCUUAUAGCAAUGACUGGAGUGCGUUUGAAUUCACGCGUUUGAUCUGUCUGUACACCACCACAAACCUCCCUUAGCAGAGUUGCAAACUUCGCCUUAACAAGCACCAUUUCUUUUUUGUCUUUUUUUGCAUUUUGUUGCCUGUAACAAGAUUUAAAUGUGACACUUAUAAUUAAAUGCAGAAAUUACUAAAAUUCUAUGUUUGCUAGGUUUUGUUGCCAUAAGAAAUUAGUUUAGUAGGAAAGCUUUUGUCCUUUUAAAUCAUGCUUAUAUUUCAUUUUAAUAUUCACGUAUUUUAAAUUGAAGUUUCAGUCAUCUUUUUUUUUUUUUUUUUUUUUUUUUUUGGUUGCUGUUGUCACAUCCACAGUGAAAAUCUAUUAAGGACCAAGUGCAAGAGAUGUAACUUCUGUUGACGUAAAUACUACGUGUUGAUGUUUAAAACGGCAGAUAAACAUUAAGAUGGUUUUUGUUUUUUUUUUGUUUGUUUGUUUUUUUCUUUUUCACUUCAUGUGAUCUGAAUAAAAAAAAUCAUCUUCGGUGCAAUCAUUCGACCGUAGCCUCUGUUCCCUUCACUGUGUAGAUGAUUCAGAAGCCAUAUGUACCAUUUAACCUGAGUAGUAUUGUGAUUGGAUGUUACCAUUUCAGAGUUGCACAAAUAAAAAGACCUAGCCAGAAUUGUGUAAAUUGUUGUACCUUCCAGAUACGUGGAACACCAUCCGCUGUACAACUUGCACAAACUGAAUAAAGGUAUUUGAUUUUA